UGUGGAUAUUUCUUUAUUGCUUGUCCAUUCAUGUGUUGAGGCGUUCGCAAACAAGUUCAAAUGUAUGAGGACGUUUGAAGCGUAGGUGGGUUCCCAGGUUUGUCUCGAUCGUUUCUUGAGGAUGACGUAUUUGGAGAUUUGACAUUGUGGCAGGAAGAAUGAGCCCAGAGGAUGUGGAUGAGUUCCCAGGGAGACUGCUACAUCAGGCGGCGCUCUGGGACAACGCCGAGCUGCUGGAGGAUCUCCUGGCCAGCGAGGAGAUCGCGCACAUCAGCUCGCGCGACUCCUGGGGCCGCACGCCGCUGCACGCCGCCGCCACCACCUACAGCUCGCGCUGUCUGCGCGUGCUGCUCCAGUCGGGCGGUCAGUGGAAGGACAACGCCUCUCCUCACACCCUCCCCCUUCCUGGCGACACCGGCAGCCAUGCGGACGGCAGAGGAGGAGUGAACGGGAGUGUGUGUGGUGUGCGAUUGUGUAGGGGGGCUUCACUGGGCUGGUGUCUGUCGGCCUGAUAGCUUGAGUAUGACUGUCUGCUCUCAGGAUGUGCAUAUGCUAUGCGUGCGCUGAAUGUAACUUGUGGAGGAAUCUCCAUUAACACUAUCCAGGGUUUGUGCAUGUGCAUUAUAGAAUGAGUGUGGAGAGCCCUUGUUCAGAGGGAAUGCAUCCUCACUAACGUCGCGGUUUGACCCGUGCCUGGGAAGCGCGGCAGGUUGUGUUACGCCGCGCAGCGAGAGCUGGGCCGGCUCAGCCCAUUUGUGGUUUUCGGAUGCCAGACCCGACCCUCGCUGGGCGGUGUUCACGGUCCUGGACCGCCAGCUGCGGGCCGGGAGGGCGGCUUGAGCCGGGGUCUGGCAACGCGACAGGCACGGAUCGCGCCGCGGCGCUGGUCACAAACGCACGACCCUGAAGCACUGAUGAGGGGUUGCUGUCGCAUGUUGUCAUUGCAUGUUGAAGUGUA